CACUGGUUUCAUUUACUAUUUACUUGCAAGAGGGCAGAGUUUGUCAGUGCGGGGCCACAGUCUGUAAACACGAUAGCUGUUCUGGGUUUUAAACGGCGCUGCAGAGAGCUCUUCAAACAGGAAAAGUCGAGUUCUCUUCAAUUAAAUUAGCGGCGGCUGGGCAGGCUGCUAGCGCGGUUAGCAUAGUGAUUCAAAAAGCGGGAUGGUGCCUGUUUUGGUGGUCUGGCUGGCCUUGUGUCUCAGUGGGACAUGGGCUGUGGACAGGAGCAACUUCAAGACAUGUGACCAGAGUUCCUUCUGCAAGCGUCAGCGGGCCCUGAAGCCUGGUGAGUCCCCUUAUCGAGCCCUGCUGGAGACCAUGGAGCUGACAAACACCAGACUCACCCUACAGCUCAUCAAUGACAACAACAAGGUACGUCUGCUGCUGGAGCUCUACCGUCUCCAGGGAAACAUGACAAGGGUGAAGAUUAACGAGCUGAAGCCUCUGAAGCCUCGCUAUGAAGUCCCAGACGUACUCGUCAGGGAGCCACCUACUGAGCCCCUGUCUGUGUUGUCUCAGGAUGAGAACGGGGUGGUGCUGUCCCUGGGGGUGGAGUCCCAAAGGGUCAUCGUCAGCGCCCAGCCCUUCCGACUCGACAUCGUGGAGGGGCACAAUGUGCUGAUGUCACUGAACUCUCGCGGCCUGUUGGCCUUUGAACACCUUAGGAUGCGCAAGGACACUUUCUCCUAUAAAGUAACUAGCACAGUGGCUAGCCUGUGGGAUAAUAUCAAGAGGGUAUUCUCUAGUCAGGCAGAGCCAGAGGCUGAGAACAAGGAGGAGGCGGAUACGGCCCAUCAGGCUGAGACUACCAAAGAAGAGGAAGAGAAAGUAGAGGAAGGGAUGUGGGAAGAAACAUUUAAAUCACAUUCUGAUAGCAAACCUAAUGGUCCAUCUGCUGUUAGUUUAGACUUCUCUUUGCCCGGCGUGGAGCACGUCUACGGCAUCCCAGAACACGCAGACACACUCAGGCUGAAAACCACAGAUAACGGUGAUCCAUAUCGGCUCUAUAACCUGGAUGUUUUCCAGUAUGAGCUGUAUAACCCCAUGGCCUUGUAUGGGGCUGUCCCAGUUAUGCUGGCACACAACACCCAACGAACUACAGGCAUCUUCUGGCUCAAUGCUGCAGAGACCUGGGUGGAUAUAAGUUCAAACACGGCAGGAAAGACUGUGUUUGGGAAAAUGUUGGAUUACGUUCAAGGCUCCAGUGAAACUCCACAGACGGAUGUCCGCUGGAUCUCUGAGAGUGGCAUCAUCGAUGUUUUCAUUAUGUUGGGACCGACUCCCAAAGACAUCUUCUCUCAGUACGCCUCUCUAACAGGCACCCAGUCCUUCCCCCCUCUAUCGUCCCUCGGGUACCACCAGUGCCGCUGGAACUACAAUGACCAGGAGGAUGUGCGCUCGGUAGACGCUGGCUUCGAUGAGCACGAUAUUCCCUACGACUUUAUUUGGCUGGACAUCGAGCACACAGACGGGAAGCGCUACUUCACCUGGGAUCCUCACAAGUUUGCAUCCCCGAAGGACAUGCUGCAGGGUCUGAAGGACAAGAAACGCAACAUGGUUGCAAUUGUAGAUCCUCACAUCAAAGUAGACAGUAACUACAAGAUCCAUAAUGAAAUCCGCUCUCGAGGUUUCUACGUCAAGAACAAAGAUGGCGGGGACUAUGAAGGCUGGUGCUGGCCUGGUAAUGCUGGUUAUCCAGACUUCACCCAACCCGACAUGAGGGCCUGGUGGGCCAGCAUGUUCUCCUAUGAUCAGUAUGAGGGCUCCAUGGACAACCUCUACACGUGGAACGACAUGAACGAGCCCUCUGUGUUUAACGGCCCCGAGGUCACCAUGCACAAAGAUGCCGUGCACGGAUCCUGGGAGCACCGUGAUGUCCACAACCUGUACGGCUUGUAUGUGCACAGGGCCACGAUGGAGGGUUUGAUCCAAAGGUCUGGAGGAGUUGAGCGUCCGUUUGUCCUGACCAGGGCUUUCUUCGCCGGCUCCCAGCGCUACGGUGCUGUCUGGACUGGAGAUAAUGCUGCUGAGUGGGACCACCUGAAGAUCUCUAUCCCCAUGUGUCUGAGUCUGGGUCUGGUCGGAAUCUCCUUCUGCGGCGCUGACGUUGGUGGUUUCUUCAAGUCUCCGAGCCCUGAGCUGCUGGUGCGCUGGUACCAGACGGGAGCUUACCAGCCCUUCUUCAGAGCUCACGCCCACCUGGACACUCCUCGUCGUGAGCCGUGGCUGUUUGGUCCAGAAAACACGGCCCUGAUCCGUGAAGUUAUACGCCAGCGCUACACGUUCCUGCCCUACUGGUACCAGCUGUUCUACCAUGCAUAUCGCACCGGAGAGCCGGUCAUGAGAGCUCUGUGGGUGGAGUAUCCUCAGGAUCCUGCUACGUUUGCUGUGGAUGAUGAGUUUUUGAUCGGACGGGAUUUGUUGGUGCACCCUGUUACUGAAGAGGGAGCCAGAGGAGUCACCGCCUUCCUGCCUGGGAAAGAGGAGGUCUGGUUUGAUAUCCACACCUUUCAGAAGCACAAUGGGGCCCAGAACCUUUACAUCCCUGUCACCAUGAGCUCUAUUCCGGUGUUCCAGCGAGGUGGCUCCAUCAUUCCCAGGAAGCUUCGAGUUCGCCGAUCCUCCGCCUGCAUGGAGCACGACCCCUACACUCUCUUUGUGGCUCUUAAUACUCGGAGAACUGCAGAGGGUGAACUCUACAUAGACGAUGGCCACACCUUUAACUUCGAUAACAAGGAGUUUAUCCACAGGAGGCUGUUCUUCUCUAACAACGUGCUUUCCUCAGUUAACGUUGCACCUGAAGCCCAGUUUACAACCAAAUCCUGGAUUGAACGUGUCGUCAUACUGGGAGCCAGUAAACCCAGGAAGGUUACUCUUAUAACUGCUGAUGGUCACAAGAGCCAGCUAGACUUUGAUUUUGAUGCUUCCGUGUCGGUUCUGACGAUCCGUAAGCCCAGCAUGAACGCAGGGGAAGACUGGAGCAUGGCCCUUCAGUAACCAUAGAAACGAGAGUGGAGGAGUAAACGACUAAACUGACCUGAUAGAGAGGGUGGGGUGAGGGAUCAGAACCAACUAGGAAAGGAUAACUAAGCUACUGCAUCAAUUACAUUUUCCAUCCACACAGACAUCAGUAAACAUGUUAGUCCAGGUGAAACUCUUCAUUUCUCUCUUAAGUCACUGUAAUACAGGACAAUGAUCUAAGGUUACUAGAUAGAUAACUAUUACAUUUCAGAUGAGGAACAACACUUGUUCAAGCCAUGUCUUUGGGUUAAGAAUGAAAACAUCUUUUUGGGUUAUUCCUCAGUUGACUCGUUGUUUGCCUCAGGAAAAAAAAAAGACUGGGGAUUUUUAUCAUUUAAAGUGAAGCUCCAUGUUUAAAUGUCGUGCUGAACUUGCUUCUGGUCCCCUAAAAUCACAGAAAAAUCUCAAUCAUUCCAUUUUUAAAGCCUCGUCUGAAAUCAGCUGAAAGAGAAGCCUUCUGUCUUGUGUCAUGCCAAACAUCUAGGGAAGGUUCGACUCAUUUAACUAUCUUGAAGCGACACAAAUCUUUCUUUAUACCAGUCCUGCCCAGUUCUUUGUGUUAAGCCUGUUUUUGAGUCUCUGAUUAGAUUCUGUGAUUGAUAAAUAUUAAUGAUUAUUGCUACCCCUUCAUAAAUUUGGAGGUGUCUUUUUAGCUGAUUUGAGCAAACUCGGCAUCUAAAAUCACUUCAGGGGACUGAACAACCACUGUGGAUUGUUCUGCUGAUGUGCUUUCUAUGUUUUGUUUUGUAUUUUUCCUAUUUUGGGUGUGCCGGACUUUUAAUGCACUCAAUGAAGAGUUUAACUUUAGAUUUCCAUGUGUUACUAAGUAUUUGUAGAACUCAUGAUAGCUCAUGUGGGUUAGGUUUUAUUGACUAGAUCCAGGUAAAUCGCUCAGAUCAACUUGUUAAUUUAAACACCUGUCCAGAAUGAAUGCAGGGGUUAGUCAUGAAUGCCAUGGAUUCACUGUAGUCCUGCUGUCAAGUCAAACCUUGUGACAUAAUGAGGUUUUGUUCUGCAGGUUUCUUUCAGAUUGUUUUUAAUGAUCAUCAAUGUCGCUGUAUUUUUGUUGAUGGCUUGAACUGGUGAAAAUGGAAGUAAACAAUUGCACUUCAGCUGUCAAGUGUCCAACAGAUGAGACCAAGUGAAAAUAAAGUUGAUCAAAUGUGAAAA